AUGACCCAACCACCAAUCGACAACACCACCACCACCACCACCACCACCACCAACACCAACGAAAAUGACAUCUUCACCGACGACGUAGAAGCCGAAGCAGCCGCCAUGGCCGCAGCAAUGGGUUUCUCCUCCUUCGGGCACCAAGCUCCCGCCGACUACUCCGAAGAAGAAGGACCCGCUGAUGAUCCCCACGGAGGCCAACAACGUCCCUCCAAGAAACGGCGCUACAACUCCCGCAUCGACGACGCCUACGUCGGCCCCACACCACAGGGCACAGGGGCGAAUGACGUGCCUGUUCAACAACCGAGGGUUUUUCAUGUGCCGAGGGGUGGGGAUUCGAACGAGAUCAACCUCGAUGACGAUGCCUCUGCUGCAGCUGAUGUAACAUCAACAACUAGUCUUCCGGUUAAUUCAUCGCUAUCUUUACCGCCCAAACCGCAAGUCCAAGUUCAGGUAUCGAAUCAACAACACAACCAAAGAGGUAAUCAUGGUGUGCAUAGCGGACGAGGAGGCGGUAGAGGCGGUAGAGGCGGCAGGGGUGCUUACGGUGGAGGAGGUGGAGGAGGUGGAAGUGGAGGAGGAACACAUGGUCGUGACCCGACGAAACCUUGGUACACGGAUUACUACGACCCUUCGAGCAACGAGAACCCGUGGGAGCGGUUGGAGCAGCAGCGCGGGAUGGAAGCCGUGGGGAAGUGGUUGCCUAGUCGCUCUGGAGGUGGAGGUGGCGGUGGUGGUGGUGGGCGAGGUGGGUUUGGGGGUCCUGGUUCUGGUUCUGGUUCCGGGCAGCAGGAGGGUCAGUCGGCUGUGCAAGCGGUGUAG